GGCGGGCGCGUGGAUGGUAAAUGUCGAAAAGAUUAAUAGAAUUAAGUGUCGCUCGAACAGCUCGCCAGAAACUCCAUGUCGUCCAUUUCAGCUAUUUUCAAUUGCUCGCCCUAAACCUAACGGCCACCAUCCGUUCGUUUCGCUGCUCGCUCAUUCAUCGGUUCGUGUUCGCCGUCAUGUCACCAAUUGUGCGCAAAGUGAUUUUCCAACGUUUCAUUUCGAACUUUUUCUCCUUUUUUUCCAGUUGAGCCAAGACAUCGGGUACGUGCUGUACUCGGCGCUCGGGUCGUUCUACAUCCCCAGCUGCAUCAUGGUGUUCGUCUACAUUAGGAUCUACUACGCGGCAAAAGCUCGAGCCCGGCGGGGGAUCCGGAAGAAGCCACUCAAACCGCCCAGCGAACAGGACACCAGCUUCACGCGCCCAGCGAAUCCGAUGCCAUCGCUUCCCAGUGCCUCAUCGAUGUCGGCCGUUGCGGUGGCCCCGGCAUCAUCCGUCAAUGGCAACGGCCAGUACGCCACGGCCAACAGCAACAACAACAACAACCUAAGCCCGGGUCAGCAGCACCAACAGCAGAUAGCAACGAUAGAGCCUCCGCCCAGGAGCCUGGGAGGAGGCCCCGGUGGUGGCAACGUGGGAGGUGCGACGCACAUGCCCAUCCCGACGGUGACGUGCGACUUCGCGUCCGACAUGUCCACAAGCGAGGCAGCCGACCACGACCAUGCGGCAGCCGUGAUGGAGAUGAAGGACACGCUCAAAGUGGGUAAGCCGGGGGUCGGGCUCACGUCACUGCCAUUGCUGAGAAGGAACAACGGAGCGGCGGCCAGCGGCAGCAGUUCGGGCGCGUUGAUUAGUCCGGGAUUAGCUAGGAAUAGAGCACUUUCGGUAGGGAUCGAAACGGAUAUGGUUAGCGAAUUUGACCCGUCGAGUUCAGAUUCCGGUGUGAUAAGUAGGUGCGCGGUAGUGAAACCGCUCAAAUUUAGGCUGUGUCAACCAAUUUUUGGAAAGCGACUGGGGAAGGGUCGCAAUAAGAACAAUAACGCGAGGGGAAACUGCGCGGGGGUAGGCCCGGCAGCCAUGGGAGGCCAGUCCAUAUCGAUAUCGGCCAAACAGGAUAGCGCUUGUAGUGAGAUGGAACCUGCACUGCCAAAGCCGAAGCCACGGGACCCGGAGAAGGAGAAGCGACGGAUAGCGCGGAAAAAGGAAAAGCGAGCGACGCUGAUUCUGGGGUUGAUUAUGGGAAGUUUUAUUGCCUGCUGGUUGCCAUUCUUUUUCCUUUAUAUACUGGUGCCAAUUUGUAAAGACUGCCACAUACCGGAUUUUGCUUUCUCUUUGGCCUUCUGGUUGGGUUACAUGAACUCGGCCCUGAACCCGGCCAUCUACACCAUCUUCAACAAGGACUUCCGGAGGGCCUUUCGACGGAUCCUGUUCAAGUGAUGUUUGGCGUACGUGUGCUGCUACCGUUGCGUUUCCCGGAGCAUCGAGAAAGCGACGGAACGUGCGGUCAGCGGCGCACAGCUGGGUGGGGGCUACCGUGGAGGCUAUCUGCGAUAACCCCCCUGCGUGGUGUGAUCCAUUACCCACAGAAACCCACCAGCGAAGCACGUCCCAGUGCGACGUUUCUUUGAAUUCAAGGCCUUUCUUUUUGCACUUACGAUGCACUGUAUGUCUGAGGAGUGGGAGGACGAUGCACCGAGACCAUCUGGCACACAUUCGAACACCAAUAAUAGGAAUUUAGAGCACGGGGAAGGGAAUAAACAAACGACCAUACCACACACCACAACAACACGUCACGCUCCGGCCUUUUUCCGGAGUUGCUGCACCCACAAACUACCUAAACUAUCCCUUUUCUAGGAGAGGGACUCAGCAUCCCACCCGCCCGGUAUCGUAGUGGAGGAGAAUGAGCUCUUUUUCGAUCGUUUUCUUUCCUCGCGUUACCCCUUUUUGGUAUGGUAUUGUACAAGAAAGCAACUAGUUAGGCACAAACGUCGAAACAAAACUCGCAACAAUUUUAUACGAAGCACCCGCAGUGUACUUUCCGGCGUUCCUCGUUGAAGGGUGUUGAAGAGCUUUUCCGCGCUACUCCGUCGUCGCGUCAGCGCUGGGCUUAGACUGGUUCGGAACACGAAAGGAAAACGGUCAAUCGAGAAGAAACGGCGAGAUUUGUU